GGGUUCUAGAAGGCGUGACGUGGGGUCUGGAGCGGGCUCAGAGACGGGCGCCUUUCAGCAGUCGCUGUGGCAGCAGCCGCCGGGUCUGGGGACGCGGGCGGCCAGGGCCGCGGGCGCAGGGUCUUCAUCCCGCCGGCCAUGGCCGCGCUUGGCCGGCCCUUCUGCGGGCUACCCCUGAGCGGCAGCUCGGACUUCCUUCAGCCGCCGCCGGCCUUCCCCGGCCGGGCCUUCACGCCCGGGGCGAACGGCGCCGAGCUGGCCCCGCGAUCGGGUCCCCGCACCGUUCCGAGCAGUCCUGGCGGGAGCGCGGCGCGCAGACGUGUCUCGGUUCACUGUAAAAAGAAACACAAGCGAGAGGAAGAGGAUGAUGAUGAUUGUCCGGUGAGAAAGAAAAGGCUGAUUGAAGCAGGGCUUGGUCCUGGCCCUGGUGACUGGAUUCUUUGUGCACAUCAGGAAGUAGAGGGUCAUGGAGGGAAUCCAUGCACUGAUGGCCUUUCUGCAUCUGGCAUGUUAGAUGUGAUCUGUGAAGAAAUGGAUCAGACAACCACAGAACCACAGUGUGAAGUUGCCCGGAGGAGGCUUCAGGAAAUUGAGGACAGGAUAAUUGAUGAAGAUGAAGAAGUUGAAGCUGACAGAAAUAUUAACCAUCUCCCCAGUCUUGUCCUUUCUGAUACCAUGAAAACAGGUUUGAAGAGGGAAUUUGAUGAAGUCUUUACAAAGAAAAUGAUUGAGUCCAUGAGCCGUCCUUCCAUGGAGCUUGUGCUCUGGAAACCUCUCCCUGAACUCCUUUCUGAUAAGCCAAAGCCGCCAGCUAACGCUAAGAACUACACAGGAGAGAAUCAGACUAAGCAUGCAGCUACUGGCACUGCCUUCCCUCAGAGAACUGAGCUGUUCUUGGACCCACAGCAAACAGGGCUGCCUCUUUAUAAUAGUCUGGAGACAGCUGCCUGCACAGAAGAAGAGAUGGAACUCUAGAAACCAUUUUCUAUAUUAAAUUUAUCAAAUUUUAGAAGGUUCCUGUGUUCAGCCAUGAGCCUACUUGCAUAGUAUAGGGACUUAAAGGUUGUAUAAAACGGGUGUAAUAAAAUCUCCACCUGUGGUUUGGGGUGGGACUAUUUUGGGUAGCCAUUUACUGAAUUCAACUUUUUGCCAACGAAGCUUUCCUCAAGGGAAAAGCAAUUUUCUAGGGGGCUUAUUAAAUGUUACAGCCUCUGUCUACGCAGGCAAGUAUAGGAGCUAUAUGGGUAAGAGUGACUUCAGUCACCUCUUACAUUUUGUAAACCAUUCAGUCACUUG